AUGGCUCUCUCUGUAUUGACAAAAAUUCUCUUGUUACUAGCAUCAGUGCAUCUAGUGACCUCGUUGCCGUUGGAAAGAAGAUGCAGCGCAGAAACACUCCAAUUUCGAGAUGCCGAAACAAUAUCCUACAUACCAGCGGGAACAAAUCUAAGCCUUCCAUUCAAUGACCCUUCAUGCAGCAGACCGAACCAGGUAGUUCCUGUAGAUAUAUGUCGAGUGACGCUGUACACUGCCACGUCUUGUAGGUCCGGUGUUCAUUAUGAAGUUUGGCUGCCUUUGGAAUGGAAGGAGAGAAGAUUUCUAGGUACGGGGAAUGGGGGAAUUGAUGGAUGCAUCAAGUAUGAGGACCUUGCGUAUGGGGUGAAGAACGGGUUUGCUGUAGUCGGUUCAAACAAUGGACACAAUGGUACUACUGCCGUGACGAUGUACCAUAACUACGAUGUUCAAAUCGACUUUUCCUGGAGAGCCCUACAUACGAGCGUAGCUAUUGGAAAAGAGGUUGUGGCACAAUACUACAAUAGACCACACAGAAAGUCAUACUAUAUAGGCUGCUCUCUCGGUGGGCGGCAGGGGUUUCAGUCAGCAGUAAAGUUCCCUGAAGACUUCGAUGGUAUUGUUGCUGGAGCUCCAGGUUUAGACUUCAACAACCUGGUUUCGUGGAGAGCUAGCUUCUUCCCGGUGACCGGCAGUGUAGAGUCACCGGAUUUUAUCACCCCGAAAGCCUGGAAAACGUUUAUCCACAGGGAGGUACUGCGACAAUGUGAUGGUAUUGACGGGGUGAUGGACGGGAUCAUCGAAGACCCAUCACUCUGCCGCUUUAAUGCCGAUGCACUUCUAUGCAAGCCAGGCGAAAAAACAAAUUGCUUGAACCAAGUCCAAGUUGAUAUUGUGCGGAAGAUAUUCUCUCCACUCAUGGGCGAGGAUGGUGAAUUGAUAUAUCCAGCCAUGCAGCCGGGUAGCGAAGAGCUAGCCACCACAAAGCUGUACGCGGGGAAACCAUUUAGCUAUUCCGACGAAUGGUUCAAAUAUGUCAUUUACAACCCGUCAUGGAACGCAUCGACGUUCACCGUACAUGAUGCCGCGGUUGCAGAAGCCCGGAACCCGGGAGGUAUUAAAACGUGGCCGACAUUCGGCGACCUAGCCGAGUACAGAGCCCGGAACGGCAAGAUAAUCAUAUACCACGGCGGACAGGAUAACCAGAUAACCAGCUUCAACACCGAACGAUACUAUAAUUAUCUGUUGCAGUCUGACGGUGCUGGCAGUGCUGGGCACCUCGAUCGUUUUCUCCGCUUCUUUCGCAUAUCGGGCAUGUUUCAUUGCAGUGGAGGACCAGGCGCAUGGGUUCUAGGUCAGGGGGGCGGAGCUGCUUCAGAAGGCAUCGGAUUCAAAGGGGAGACCAAUGCUCUCGCUGCUCUUGUUGAUUGGGUUGAGAAGGAUGUUGCACCGGAUACUAUUGAAGGUGUCAAAUUUGUGGACGACGAGAUCACGUCUGGCGUUUCACUACGCCGAAGGCACUGCAGGUUGGUAUUCUCUCAUCUUCUUCCAUUAAGGGUGUAUACUGAUAGGUGGUGA